AUGGACGGAUGGGAUGGAACGCGUGCUCGCGGGUGUGUGUCGUCCGACGAGGAGGAGCUCGACAGUCCUCUCAGUGGUCCGCUGUUCACGGGUGGCGGCUCCUCACUCGGCCGAUCGCGCGCCACGCCGACUCGUUUAUCUGUCCACUCGUCUCUAUCAUCGCCCCUCGUCACCAUCGACAUUGAUGAUGUUGCAGCCGACGACGACCAAGGCUCUCCGCGCUCUCGCCGACUCACGUUCGAGUUCCGCAACUUUAACUUGUUUCCGGAUGUGAGCGACGGUCGCCCAUCGUCGGGCUUGUUGGAAAAGCAUCGUCCCAGUCGUAGUUUGGAUAUCCAACGCGUGGACGAAGAGCCAGAGUGUGCUGGAUACUUGACCUCGCCUGGCUACUCGACACUUGGUCCACCCAGUGGGGCCUAUUUCCCAUACGGGUUCACACACUUGGUACACACAGUCGCCUCCGCUGUUGCCUCCGCCUCCCAUACAGCGUCCGUCCGAAGUGACGUUAUCGCAUUCAUUGAUCUCGACCUCGCCCAUCUACUCCCAUCCACACCCACAUCCCUAUCGGCCAAUCCAGUCCACCCGUCCAGGGCCAACCUCAAAUCCCAGAGGGGAAGCAUCCUAACGAUCAUCCCCACGCAAAUUUUCUCAAGGCGUAAUUCGGAUGUCGGUCCUGCCCCAUCUUUGACAACUCAACAUCGGGAAAAGCGGGUCGUGACCCUACGCGAACCGGUGCCUGUGCCUAUCCGAACGGCUCCCUUGGCGCCCCCACCCCCGCCACCGCCUGCGCCCGUGUCGACCCAAGAUGACGAUGGAUCUUCCGAGCUGAGUGAACUCGAUGAUGCUGAUGGCCCAAGCAAAAGUGGCGACUCGAGCGUGACCAGCUCGCGUACACGGCGGAAACCCGCACACCGCACCCGGAAGAAAAAACCAUACAAGUCCCGCCGGUGUGAUAUUUGCAACAAGACGUUUACCAAAGAGUGUGAUGUGACCCGACACCGACGCACCGCGCACGGCGAGGACGAAAUCGAGUUCAAGUGCCAUGAAUGUGGGCGGUUGUUUAAUCGAAAAGAUGCGUUGGAGAGGCAUUACAAGGUGUACGAAGGUACCCCGCACGUUGCGAGGCGCUAUCAGCCCAAGACAUAUUUGGGCAGUAAAAAGUAG